UUGAGCCCGUUGACUACCAUACCUGUAGUGAUGCUAGUCGGACUUGGUAUGUUCGUUUAUGGGUUCCCUCAGUUGGGCACUUGUGCCGUAGUCGGACUUCCCACAUUGGCGACGCUAUUUUUCAUAGCACAGUGCCUCCCCUAUCUUGUGUCCAGAUCUAGAGAAGAACAAUGUAACAGAUUUAGCUUUCUUCGUUACUUGAGGGCAAACCCAAAUGAAAUUCAACGAUUUGCACUGCUGUUCUUAGUACCCUUUGUGUGGCCAUUUGCAGUAAUUAUGUCUACUGCAUAUGGUCAUACUCAUAGCAGUUGCCGCGUUCAUUUGUCUGGACUUUUCAGCGGCGCUCAUGGAUUUUGGAUCCCAAAUCUAUUUCAGUGGGGUUCUCCCACUCUUGAUAUUCGAGAUGUGGUUCCCAUGGUGGUUGCUGUUUUGAUUUCCGCUAUUGAGUCUACAGGCACUUUUUUGGUGGCAUCGAGGUACGGGUUGGCCACCCCUCCUCCACCUUUUGUUCUCCGUCGAGGAGUUAUAUGGCAGGGCAUAGGCACCUUAUUAGCAGGGGUUUUCAGCACAGGGAUUGGCUUUACAGCAUCAGUUGAAAAUGCCGGGCUACUAGGAUUGACCAGGCAAGGAAGCAAGCGAGCCGUACAAAUUGCCGCUGCAUUUAUGAUUGGCUUCUCUAUAUUAGGAAAGUUUGCUGCAUUUGUUGCUUCUUUGUCAUUGCCAAUUGUGGGAGCAGUGUAUUGUCUCCUCUAUCCAUAUGUGGGUAUGUCUUUGUUUCAAUGUGAAUGUUAGCCUCUGCUUCCUUAUGUUUCUUUAGCAUUGAUAUUGCCUUGCUUCUUGUUUGCCUCUUCCUUGUGCUUCUUUAUCAUUGCUAUUGCCUUGGUUGUUAUUAGCCUCUGCUUCCUUGUGUUUCUUCAGCUUUCUCCUUGGACUUCCAUUAAUAUUUGACUUUUUCUUUCCCACAAAAGAACUCUUGUUGUUGCUUCCAUUCACCCUAUUACUCUGUACUUAGGUAUUAUUCCUCUGUUCCACAACACCAUGUUCUUGUUGCUGCUUAUCCACAACCUGAGCAGCCUCCUCCUUCUCCAACCCCAGCUCGUUAUUGUUACCAUGGUCUUUUUCAGUUCAAGUCUAAAGUAUCUUCCCCUUCCUUGGUAACGGUGGCCUCUUAUCCCAAAAACCGCCUUAAGCCCUUGUUGAUCAUGAUUGGCCUCCAUUUUUAAUAUUUCCUUUUUCUUCUAUUGCCUUGGUUCUUAUUAGCCUCUGCUUCCUUAUGUUUCUUCAGCUUUCUCCUUGGACUUCCGUUAAUAUUUGACUUUUUCUUUCCCACAAAAGAACUCUUGUUGUUGCUUCCAUUCACCCUAUUACUCUGUACUUAGGUAUUAUUCCCCUGUUCCACAACACCAUGUUCUUGUUGCUUGCUUAUCCACAACCUGAGCCUCCUCCUCGUUCUCCAA